UUGUACUGCCACGCGCAUCACCCCGCAGAAUCUGCGCCCAACUCGGAAACCCCACACGCAGCUCCUCCUCCCCCACUCCUUCGCCGGUCCGCCCCCCGACGCACCUCGCCCCGGCGGCCCGGCCACCCUCCUCCCAGUCCCACCCCACAACCGUCGGCGGCAGCGGCGGCGGCAUGGAGGCCGGCGGCGAGGAGUUCGCGAUCGGCGUGGUGAUCUCCGCCAAGACCACCCUGGGGGAGGAGUUCGAGGGCCAGAUCGUCUCCUUCGACCGCCCCACCAACCUCCUCGUCAUUCAGGAGGGCGUGGGCCGGGCGGAGAGGGGGGAGCGGCGGAACGUGCGGGUGCUCAAGGCGAACUACAUCCAGGAGUUCUCCGUGGUCGGCAAGUUCGACGACCCGCUCGACCCGGCCGGCUGCGUGCUCGACCUCGCCGCCAUCCACGCCAGGGAGGAGGCCGCCAUCAGGCAAGCUGAGAUUGAAGCCGAGAGAAUUGGCGUCGGUGUCACCCCUGAAGCUCAAAGAUUAUUUGAUGCAUUGUCCAAGACGCUUCCAGUUCAUUGGGACAAGACUGAGAUUGUUGUAAUGAAGGAGGUCCGUGUAUGCAGUCCAUACUUGCCUGAAAAUGUCAGCGGUGGAACAUCGGCUGCUAAUGAACGGGUUAAGAAAGUGCUGGACUUUGAAAGGAAAAGACUACAUGUGCGUGUACCUGGCCAACUCUAACUUAUUUGGCUUGACAGUUUUUCACCUUAACUCCCCCUGUGCUCUAGUCUGAAACAUACCUUAUUUAUUUAAUCUCAUCAGUUGGAUUUCCCAAAAAACAAAUUCAGCAAAUGCAUGGCUUCAUAAACUCACACCAACUAGCUACUCUAUAUUCUGAUUGAUACCAUGUCCUUGGACAAAUCACAGCACGUUCUGCUGUUAAUUCAAUUGCUUGUAGUAAAAGGUGUAUGACUGAAGUAAGCUAAGGAAAGAAAAUACUUGGUGGCACUAAGAGAAGGGGAGGCUGUAUGAGAAUUAUGAAAAGGUGGGGAGCUAAGGCGAAACUGAAAAUUACUUUCGGUCUCUGGCUGGUGGGCAAUAAUUCUAGCUUGUUCUGUUAUACUCUUGUUUAUUUUUCGAUUCAUGGUAUGGGACUUGGAUAGUGAAAGAUGCAAGCAUGUAACUUUACUUCCCAUCCGCGGGAGUGUUCAGUUCGAUUGUUUCUGUGAUGCCA